AUGCAAAUCAAUUCAUCCGCGCCCCCGCUGGGAGUGAUCCUUGUGACAAUCCAGCAUGAUGAGAUCGAAAGCCUUGAACAUCAAGGUAGUGAUGUCUCUCGAAUCACAAACAGCCAAUACCUGACAUCCUACAAUUGGCUUGGCGGGGACAAAAGCAGAAUCAUUGUUCCAGGUGAACCACCAAUAUGGACGCCUCUGGCUAAUCCGCGCACACUUCCGCAAGACAAUGGGACAUAUUAUCGUGAUCGAAAUGCCGCACAAUAUCCCACUUACCCUCUCGAGCCAAUGGUACAAGCAAUCCUGACUGACAAACCUGAGUUCCCUGUGACCGACGUGGACAUCAUUGGGUGCAACAAUACCCUGGGCCACCUGCUACGUUUUGUACGUGGUGUGGGUGAUCCCUUUAGGAUUCUUGUUCAGGUACUUGGCAAUACCGUCUUCUUCAUCAGAAGAGAAAACUCGCCCACCGAAACGAUCCCCGGUAUCCGUGGAUAUGGCCAUACUUUCCCGGAAGCUUACACCACGUGGAAUGAAAAUGUGGGCGGAUCUAAGUCCCAUCAACGGGUGGUGAAGUACACGUUUGCCGACAUGCAGUGCUUGGUCCGUUUUGAACCAGAUGGCUUCUUGCCUGGCCUGGUUACGGAUACCGAGGAAACCGAAGAUCCCCAGGGGAAAAGUAUCAGCGCAGAGGAAGGUUUGCCGUCCAUCGAAGACAUAACACUUUCGGAUGAUCCCUCGUCCACUACAGAAACGGCACCUCAGCAGCUUGAGAUUGCAAUGCAAGGCCGGCGUAUCCCACAGUGUGCAGUCUUUGACCUGAAGACACGAUCUCACUCUAAGAGGAAUACCAAUGUUCUCAAGGAAGAAUUGCCCCGGUUGUGGCUUACGCAGACCCCCAACUUCAUUCUCGCCCACCAUACAGAUGGUCAGUUCAAGCAUAUUCAGGUUCACGACGCGCGGGAUGAUGUAAAGCAGUGGGAGGAGACCGAGCAACUGAGUUUGCGCAAGUUUGCCAGCCUACUCCAAAUGGUUGUGUCAUUCGUUCGAAGCCUGGAGAAUGGAAGACUUGAGAUCGAGCGUGAGGAGAAUGCGCAGGUUUUAAAUCUGAGAGCACAAGGUGGAUUUGUCAAUAACGUCUUGUCCCCGGCUGUCGCAAGCAGGUGGGAUAUACCUUUUGCUAGAUUUGAAGACACUAUUCUGCCACCUCUGACCGCCCGCUCGACCCUCGCCAUCGAGCUCCGAAACCACUGGCCAGUCCUGCUGCCUCAGUUUCUCUUUUAUCUGCGUCACCAAGGCUCUAUUUCCGACAUCCAACCUGAGACCACAGCAUUGCAAAUCAGGACAGCACUUGCCAGCCAGGAACCCCGCCUCCUGAACGAAACCGACCCCGAAAGGGAAUUUUCCUCUUUCGCGCGACGACAGCAAGGCGACUACUGUGAUGUCUAUCUGACGCACGACUCGAUGAGCGUGCGCAAGGCGCAUAACUCCGGCCGAAACCACCUGAGGAACGUGGUGGACUACUACCAACAGAUUGGCCAAGAAAAAGCCCAGUCCGUUAUCGACUCCAUCACCUCCUCCUACGCCGCAGAGGGCCAACAAGCCCCCAACAUGAUGGCCCCCGGCGCGUUCCCGCCUCCCUUCGGAUUCCCAGGACAACUAGGCAUGCCUCCUCCCCCCUUCGGUAUCCCUCCACCUGGCGCCCCCGGUGCCCCAGGCAUGCUACCUCGUAUGUCCUACCCACUCCCAAUCCCACCCUACGUCUCUAGGAAGAGAAAACGAUCUCCAACCUACCCAGGACCAACCCAAGCUAAUCAAUACCCCUACCAAACAGCCCCAGGAGCCCACGGCCUUCCCUUCCCACCUUUCCCUAACGCUACCGGAACCCCACCAACAGGUGGCUUCCCCCCGCCCCUCCCCAACAUGCCCCAGGGCGCAAACCUGCCGAUUCCGCCCCCAGGAGGCUUCCCUAACUUCCCCAUUCCUCCGCCCGGAGCUGCGGGUUUCCCGCCUAUGCCUGGUCAGCCCGGUAUGGGCCCUGGCGGUCCGCAGAUUCCCACUGGCCCUCGUGGCUUGGAGGGGUAUCCUCCCCCCCUGGAGGUGGGCCUCCCGGUGGGAUGGAUCAGCGGUGGUGAUUAUGAUCGCGAUCUUGGGGUUAGUUCGUAA